AUGUCUAAUUCGCUUGAAGAUUCAUUGAUUUGUCCUAUAACAUAUGAAUUAUUCAAAGAUCCCGUUGUUGCCGAAGACGGACAUACAUAUGAAAAAGACGCAAUAAUCGCUUGGAUUAAGAAAGGUGGUACAAGUCCUCUCACACACCAAAAACUAGCAGUUGAAACACUUCGACCAAACUAUGUGGUGAAAAAACUAGUAGAUGCAUUUGAACAGACCAUUCAGAAAAAGAACUACCGGUUCAAACUAGGAGUAGAUGUAAAAAAGUCUCGUAAGCCGUUGUUCCGCACAUUCGGUAAGUCUAUAUUUGAGGCUGAUUGGUUAACAAAAGAACUAGGUCCCAAAAUCGUUUUGAUGAAAAUUGAUGGUGCGCGUGCGAAAAAAGAAUCGUCGUUCUACGUUGAUCUUAGUCUUCAUCCACAUGUGGUCAGAACUUUUGGAUUAGUGGACGACCCAUCGCAGUCGAUAAACGAAUCAGUCAACUCGGUCAUGUUACUUCAAGAAUACGCUCCAGAAGGUAGUUUAUAUGAAUUUCUACAAGGAUUAGAUAAAGUGCCAACAGAACAAAUCCUUCUUCAUAUGUUUAUACAAGUUGCAGAUGCAAUGGUCUUUUUAGCCCACAAUGGUAUCAUACAUGGCGAUUUGGCUUGUCGGAACAUACUUUUGUUCUGUUUUAAUGACCAAGAACCAAGACAGAAUCUUGUUAAAGUUACAGAUUUUGGUCUUAGUCGUCAUAGUUCAAUAUAUACAGCUACGGAUAAUGUCGCAAGAACAACGUUAAAUAUUGUACCUACUCGAUAUGCAGCACCAGAAGUUCUAUCGGACACUCAUGACAAUCCAAAUGUCUAUUCCGAAAAAUCAGAUAUUUAUUCGAUGGGUGUUACAAUGUGGGAAGCUUAUUCCAAGGGAGCAAUUCCAUGGUCUCAAAUAGAGAGUGACGAAGAAGUUCGUUGCAAAGUGAUGAAUGGAGAAGUUCUGAAACAACCAACAAACUGUAGUGAUCAGAUAUGGUUGAUAGUGUUCACAUGUAUGUCAAUAAAGGUUGCUGAGAGACCAAAUUUUGUGGACUUAAAAUACUUACUAACGGAAUCUCAGUUUACCUCGAAACAAUGGUGCUCUGAAAUGGAAAAUGAACGUUUGCAACAAAAAGCACAGUACAUACCACAACAGCGCGAAACCAUAACAAUACCAUACGAAUAUUGUCAAAAGCCCUGCUCAACAUCUGAACUGCAAUUUCAUCAAACAAAUGGUGUUCCACUUGGCUUUGCUGUUAUGGUCGGAUCUGACAGUCCAUGUACCAUGGAGUCGCCAUCUGUUACCGUUACACGAAUUAUAAAAAAUGGAAUCGCUUGGAAGGACAAUAAAUUGAGACUUCAUGAUAUUAUAUUGCGUGUAAAUAAUAUUGAUUUUACCACUAUAACACAUGCAGCGGCUGUUGAAGCAUUAAGAAAUGCUGGCAACAAAGUAACAAUUUACAUUCGACGUUUAGCACCACCUUAUAUAGAAAAAAUUGAACUUCACAAGUCGUCCAUUACAUCACUAGGUUUUUCAAUAGCAGGAGGAAUUAACAACGAACACGUCAAAGGCGAUCAUGGUAUAUUUAUAACAAAUAUUAUUCAAGGCGGUAUUGCUGGUCAAAAUGGAAGAUUAAGAGUGGGAGACAGACUCAUGCAAAUUUCGACAUCAUAUACAGAUACAACGAAGUUAUUUUCUAAACAACAAACUACAUCGAAUUAUAUAUUAAUCCGACAAGACUCAUUUCCACUUUUAUAUUAG